AUGGCUACAGAAACUCAAGCAGUCGCAAUGGAUCUCCCGUCGUCCCCUGCAGGAUCCUCAGAUGCGAGCUCAUAUGAUGGCUCAACGCGCCCUACAACCCCUUCUUCAAGUCCGCUGUUUUGUGCUUCUAGAAUGGAGGAUCUGGCUUUGUCGCACUUCAUGCACUCUCCUUGCUCUGCUUCACUACAAAGCUUUCCGGCCUGGGGGCAAGUGAAGAACAUCUGCGUUGUGGGCGCUGGAUACGUCGGGGGGCCAACCGCAGCCGUUCUGGCGCUUUACAACCCGUCGAUAGCAGUGGAAGUCUUGGACCGAGACCCUGUUCGCAUUCGGAAGUGGAAGUCACCACAUCUUCCUGUACAUGAACCUGGCUUGGUCGACGUCGUCCGAGUGACGAGAGAUGGAGCGGAGAUUGUCAACAACGAGACUACGUCCCAGGUCAACGCGACGCGCUUGAAGCGGCGCGCAAACCUUUUCUUCACAAGUGACUCGGUGGCAAGCAUCUCGCGAGCAGAUAUGAUUAUGCUUGCGGUCAACACGCCCACCAAGACAUUUGGUCUAGGCGCUGGUCGAGCGACGAAUAUGGCAGCUAUUGAUGAAGCUGUGCGGCAGAUAGCCAUCUAUGCAAAACCAGGCACGAUCAUCGUCGAGAAGAGCACAGUUCCUUGUGGUACUGCGCAGCGGAUUCGAAACAUGUUGGCCACCCUGAGACCCGGCGUGCCGUUCGAGGUACUGUCGAACCCCGAAUUCCUGUCCGAGGGCUCCGCUAUUGAGAACCUCAUCUCACCCGAUCGUGUCCUCAUCGGAUCAUCUGGAACACCAUCCGGACAGCACGCAGCGCGCACUCUUGCACAGAUUUACUCAUCUUGGGUGCCGUCGUCGCGCAUCCUCGAGGUCAACGCAUGGUCGUCAGAACUCGCAAAGCUUGUAGCCAACGCCAUGCUCGCCCAAAGAAUCAGCAGCAUCAACUCUAUCAGUGCUAUUUGCGAGAAGACAGGGGCUGAGGUUGAUCAAGUAGCCCAAGCUAUCGGUCUUGAUGCUCGAAUCGGAGCUCAAUUCCUCAAAGCCGGUCUCGGUUUCGGCGGCUCCUGUUUCCGCAAGGAUAUAGCCAGCCUGACCUAUCUGGCUGAGUCGUUGGGCUUGGAAGAUGUGGCUCACUAUUGGAGCCAAGUCAAUGUGAUGAAUGAGAUGCAGCGCAGCCGGUUCGCUAGGAAAGUCAUCGAGAGAUUCGAUGGUAACUUGACCGGACGAAAGAUCGCCAUGCUUGGUUUCGCCUUCAAGAAGAACACCGGCGACACACGAGAGUCAUUAGCAGCCGACGUGAUCCGGUUGCUCCUGGAAGAAAAGCCCAUGGAGAUUGCGAUCUUUGAUCCCUUCUGCCAUGAAAAGGACAUCAUGCGUGAGGUUGAAGGCGUCUGCGGCGCCUUGGACGGAAGGGUAGUCAAAGUCUUUCCCGAUCCGUACCACGCUUGUUCUCAAGCCGACGCAGUCCUCAUCAUCUCGGACUGUGAUCAAUUUCGGAAUAUGCCAACCAAGUCGAAGCUGAACGCUUUUGCGCCGAGGACAGAGAAUAAGGCCGUUGACACUCUUCCCAAAGCCAUAGCAUCCAAAGAUCCAGAGGAGGACAUCUGGUCCUGCAACGGCCUGUCAUACCGCUUGCCCCCGCAAGAAGCUUGCGAGGACGACUGUGAAGCAUGCCGUUCAACAGCCAGCCAUCCCACUGCUACCGAACCUGUAGAAUGGGCACGCAUAGCAUACAACAUGAAGGCACCGAAAUUGGUCAUUGAUGGACGCGGGAUCCUGGAUGUUCAUGAGAUGGAGAAACUCGGAGUCCAUGUGGAUGCCGUUGGACGUCGACCAGCUGUCAUCUCAGCUGGCAUUGACCCCUUGAACUGUGACAUCUAG